CGGUGAGUCACCGGGAGAACCGUUACUCCGCCGACACUUCCAACGGGAAAACGCGCGUUACUUUCGGUGAAAUUUCCUCCGCGAAGCCUCGGUUAACGCCAGUCACACGGAUUCUUCUGCUCGACGGGAUUGAAAUGUUACAUUUUCGGUCUUCGGUGGCGCUCAAGGAGUUGUUUCAAUCCCAGCUGAAGCGUCCCCUGACAGGUGCCGGCGGUGGUAAAGCGUCUCCAGCCGCCUGCUGCUUCAGCACCGCGGGCUCGGCGGUCAGGGCGCCGGCCAGAGGGCAGCCAGCCGCCGGAUGGAAACCCCCGCAGCACUGGGCGAGAAAACACGGCGUCAGGGCGUUUUGCUCCAAGGGAGACGGCCACAAUGAAGCCAACAAGGACUCGGCCGCCGAGAAGAAGGCUGGCAUCCUGCCCAGCCUGGAGGACCUGCUGUUCUACACCAUCGCAGAGGGACAGGAGAAGAUCCCAGCGCACAAAUUCACCACAGCUCUUAAAGCCACGGGGCUUCGCACCGGAGACCCGCGGCUCAAGGAGUGCAUGGAGAUGCUGAAGGUGACCUUGAAGACGACCUCAGACGGGGCGCUGGACCGACACCUCUUCAAGAAGUGUGUGCAGAGCAACAUCGUCCUGCUCACUCAGGCCUUCAGGAAGAAGUUUGUGAUCCCCGACUUCCAGCCGUUCUGCGCCCACAUCGACGAGCUCUACGAGAACGCCAAGAACAUGUCGGGAGGCCAGGUGGCAGACUACAUCCCCCAGCUGGCCCGGUUCAGCCCCGACCUGUGGGCCGUGUCGCUGUGCACCAUCGAUGGACAGAGACACACCGUCGGAGACACCAAGGUUCCCUUCUGCCUGCAGUCGUGCGUCAAGCCGCUGAAAUACGCCAUCGCCGUCCACGACCACGGCACCGAGUACGUGCACCGCUUCAUCGGCAAGGAGCCCAGCGGCCUGCGCUUCAACAAGCUCUUCCUGAACGAGGACGAUAAACCCCACAACCCCAUGGUGAACGCCGGCGCCAUCGUCUGCACCUCCCUCAUCAAGCAAGGAGCGAGCAACGCCGAGAAAUUUGACUACGUCAUGAACUUCAUGAACAAACUGGCGGGGAACGAGUACGUCGGCUUCAGCAACGCAACCUUCCAGUCGGAGCGCGAGUCUGGAGACAGGAACUUCGCCAUCGGAUACUACCUGAAGGAGAAGAAGUGUUUUCCAGAGGGGACGGACAUGACCUCCAUCCUGGACUUCUACUUCCAGCUGUGCUCCAUCGAGGUGACCUGCGAGAGCGCCAGCGUCAUGGCGGCGACCCUGGCCAACGGCGGCUUCUGUCCAAUCACAGGAGAGCGCGUGCUGAGCCCCGAGGCGGUGCGCAACACGCUGAGCCUCAUGCACUCCUGCGGCAUGUACGACUUCUCCGGGCAGUUCGCCUUCCACGUGGGUCUGCCGGCCAAGUCGGGCGUGGCCGGCGGGAUCCUGCUGGUUGUGCCGAACGUCAUGGGCAUCAUGUGCUGGUCGCCGCCCCUCGACAAGCUGGGCAACAGCGUCCGGGGCAUCCAGUUCUGCACGGACCUGGUGUCUCUGUGUAACUUCCACAACUACGACAACCUGAGGCACUUUGCCAAGAAGCUGGACCCUCGCAGGGAGGGAGGAGACCAGAGGGUCAAGUCGGUCAUCAACCUGCUGUUUGCUGCCUACACCGGAGACGUCUCAGCGCUGAGGAGGUUUGCGUUGUCCUCCAUGGACAUGGAGCAGCGGGACUACGACUCGAGGACGGCGCUGCACGUGGCGGCCGCUGAAGGACAUGCGGAGGUGGUGCGCUUCCUGCUGGAGGCCUGUAAAGUCAACCCGGUUCCCAGAGACAGGUGGGGGAACACGCCCAUGGACGAGGCCGUGCACUUCGGCCACCACGACGUGGUGACCAUCCUCAGAGAUUACCACACGCAGUACAGCCCUCAGGCCAGCGGGCCCAAGGAGAACGCAGAGCAGAACCUGGACGGGAUGCUCUGAGAGAAACCCCUCAAAUCAGUCCGGACGGUGUACAGCCACAGAAAAACCCUUAAAAUAACCUCGACCAUAUACUCUGGAAGAAAUCCCUCAAAUCAACAUGGACAGCACACUCCGAAAUCAAAUCCCUUAAAACCACCUGGACAAUAAGUGAUCUCUUUAACCAAAAGAAACCCCUUCCAGAAAUCCCCUAAACCAACAUGGACGGUCUGUUCUGAGAGGAAAUCCCUUAAAACAACCUCGACCGGACCUUCUGGAAGAAAUCCCUCAAAUCAACACUCCGAAAUCAAAUCCCUUAAAAAACCUGGAUCAUCGACUCUGAAAGCAAUCUCCUUAACUAACACAAUGAAACAAACCCCUUAAAGAAAUCCCUUAAAACCACCUGGAUAAUCUGUGAUGACAGGAAUCCUUUAAGAAAACCUCUUAAAGCUUUCUGGAUUGUGUCCCAUGAAGCACAUCCCUUAAACCAACUGGACUGUAAAGUAGAGAAAAACCCCUUAACAGUUUGUGUGAUCCCCUGAUCCCAAAACCCCUGAACUGUGUGGGCAGGAGGGAGGGGGGCUUUCCCCUCACGUCUCUGUUUUUACCCUCACCGCUCCGAGUUAAAGGUGUUUUGUCGUGCGGGCGGGACGUGACGGCCAGCCACCAGUUGGAUUCUGGGUAAAUCUGUCUUCGAUCUGCCACCGCAGAAUCCACCGGCGGGAUCUGGAGAGAAACUCAAGAAUCAGGAGUCCGACGUCUCGCCGUGUUCCUCACUUUGUGCAGCUCCUCCUCCUCGUCUUCAUCACCACGUGGUGGAAUGUAUCCCCGCCCCCUCCCCGACUGCAGAACACACUUUGGUGUGUGUGUGUGUGUGUGAGUGUGUGUAAACCUGGAUAUUUAUUUAUCUAUUUAAGAUAAGCUACAUGAAGGUAGUGUGUAUAUUAAUGUGUCAGUAGGACUGUAGUGUCCAGGUGUUCAGGUGUUCAGGUGUGUCGUUGUCGUCGUGUCGCGUGGCGUCAAACCUCCGGCUGCAGUUUGUUUUUGUUUUUUUAAAGCGAGACGGCGGUUCAGGUUUGAAGUCUUUGGUUUGUUGCGUACGAAGAGCGUUCUCACAGCCGCCGUUGGUGCAUCUUUUUCACUCCCAAGACGGAUUUUUUCUUUCUGUUACAUCUUAUUUUUGUUAUUAUUGUUUAUCUGUUUGUUGUUUUUGUAAAGUGAUGAACUCGUGUAGCCGCGUCAGCCAAACCCGCUCCGAUUCGCCGAGUCCAACGUCAGUCUCGACAUAUCAGCCCCGACACUGCCGACGAGACUGAGACACGACGUUCACCAGCUCCGCAAACUUUAUUCAACACGUCACCGCCGACAACGCAAAACAGGCGGGAAAAAUAAACCUUUUCUUUUUUUGUUUUUGAUUUUUUUGUUUUGUUUUGUUUUGCCUUGGGUCAAAGAGUCGCGCUCAGUGAGAAAAUCCACGUUUGAUAAUCAGUUGAAUCAAAUUAUGAAAAGUUGGUCAUCACGACUCGUAAACCUCUGUUGACCUUCACGAGGGACCAGAAGAACCACGACGACACGGACGGUGGCCUGCGAGGGACACGGCGACCGCAGAGGAGCAGGUUUAUGAAUUAAUGCAAAACGAGACUGGAAUUUUUUAAAAGAGCUGCUCGUCUUUGGGAUGAAAUGAGGUUUGAAAUCCAGGAAUCACAGCCAGUGGUGAUCAUGAUAUUUUGUGCUACACAGAAAAACAAAUUGUGCUUUUUGUCCUGAAAACGUAUUUAUUAGUGGAGUAAAAAAAAAAACAAAACUCCCAGUUCCGCGGCGAGCUGGGCGAUCUGACCAGCGAAUCACACGAGCCGCCUGGGCGUCUCCCGGCGCCGAGCGGCUCUCUGAUUGGCUCAGGUGGAAACAGAUCGACCCGACGUCGACGGAGCUUCACUGACGGUUUUUAAAAAGUCGUGCAGGAAAAUAUUUCAUACUUGAAAAGUUAUGCAGGUCAACUGUUUUCUUCUUGUUUUAUUUUUAGUUUAGUUUUGUGUGUUUGUAGCCUGUUGAAGUGAGUGCCGUUGUUUAAGAAAAAAAAAUGAAUAAAAAAAAAAAAAACACCUAAAUAUUCAUGUGAUUUAUGCAAUUCAGAAUCCAAAUUGUGUUGAAUAAAGCGCAGCAGGUCACUUUCCUCAUGUUUGCUGCGUUGGGAUCAACUCAUUUACAAUUUUUAAAGUUUCAUUGGGAUCGUUAAUUUACAGUCAUUUCAGUUAUAAAUUUUAACUUUGAUUGAAAAUUUUCCAGAAGCAAAAAAAACAAAUCGUACAAAUUGCAAUAUGUGAAGAAACGAUCAGCAAUAGUUCAGUGAUGACGGCGUGAUCAGGUGGGCGAUGAUGAGUUUGGUGAAAUGAAUUGAUCCUGAGCGGCCGAGGUGACCGGGCUCGGCGUCGGCCCAAAGUUUUUCUGAAUGUACCGUGUUUGGUGUAGCUCUGUUUCUUCUCGUUGUGUUUGAAAACCGCUUCAGCUCUCAUGUCAGUAACUGCAAAUAUUUAUUCACACAUAAAACGUUCAAUAAAGCUUCAGAGUGUACUC